CUUGCAUUCCAAAACCAGCUCUGCUAUCCUCCAACACCCUGCGCAAUGUCUGUAGCAGCCAAAACAUUUUUCGGAGCCGCCGUAGCCGCUUCAGCCGGCACAGUCUGGGGCGUCCACUACCUCCAAAAAUGGGAGUACGAUAACAUGGGCCAAGGUAUCAUCAAAGACGAGGCCCGUCUCGCCGCCAAAGCUGCCGCUGCCUUGAAACUUGAAGCUUCAUCCCCGCCCGUGACACAACCAGCCCCCACGAUCGACCCCGAGUGCACCACCUGCGUCGUCUCCCCGCCGCCUCAGCUGCUCGAGGCGCAAUCGGCCGAGUCCAGGGCCAAGGAGAGAGAAGGCAGAAGGAGAGAGUAUGAAGAUCAAAAGUUGUUGGCGGAUAGGUUGACUGGCCAGGUAGAGGCGGAGAAGAGGGUGUAGUCGACCCUGCAAAAGGGCCGCAAGGCAGAGCCCUAUGCGCUGUAUCGGAUUGUUCAGAUUGUACGAAUACCCAGCAUUAUAAUUGUACCCUAGUCAUCAUCAAUGCACCACUCACAUGGUCUGACUCCUUGUCGACCGACAUUGGGC